AUGAAGUUCCGCGAUGGCAUGUGGCUCCCUGCCGAAGGCGUCCAGACCGAGUACGCUGAAGAAGUCUAUGAGAUUGCCUCAAAGGAAAACCAAUUGAGCCUCCUGUGUCCAACAAGGAAGAUAUUCUCUCGUGGUGAUACUCUAAAUCGCAGUACGCUGACUAUUGACAUUGAGGCUGCCUUUGAUGGUGUCAUUUCAGUCGAAACCACACAUUGGGCGGGCGCAGCGAGACGCGGACCUGAUUUCGACCUCUACCCUGAUGGCAGGCCAUCUGUCGAGGCCAAAAUAUCCAAGAAUGAUAAAGGCACUGUUCUCUCUUCGGGACCGCUGUCAGCCACCAUCAGCGCUGAAGAGCACAGCUUUGACAUUAGAUUCCACAGCAGCGACGGGUCCAAGCAGCUCACUUCACUCCUGAGCAGGAGCGUCGGGCUUGCCUACAGCCCGGCGACGAGCAAUCCCAUGCAGACGGGCGACAUGCGAGAUACCAAGCAUUACAUCUUUACACAAACAUCGCUGGCCGUCGGUGAAUCCGUGCACGGUCUGGGAGAGCGAUUCGGGGCGUUCAACAAGGUUGGACAGAGCGUGCAGCUUUGGAACGCAGACGGAGGCACGUCAAGCGACCAAGCUUACAAGAACGUGUCGUUUUGGCUGAGUUCCAAAGGCUACGGCAUCUUCAUUGAUACACCUGGCAAGGUUGAUCUCGAGAUUGGCAGUGAGCGGACCAACCGGGUCCAGACGAGCAUCGAAGGACAGAGACUAAAGUGGUACAUCAUCUAUGGACCAACGCCAAAGGAGGUCUUGAAGAGGUACUCCAUUCUCACGGGCAGACCGGGCAAAGUGCCAAGUUGGAGUUUUGGCUUGUGGCUCAGCACGAGCUUCACGACCAAUUAUGAUGAAGCCACCGUCACGUCAUUCCUCGAGGGCAUGAAGGAGCGAGACACCCAAGUCGAUGUAUUUCACUAUGAUUGUUUCUGGAUGAAGGCAUUCAAGUGGACCGAUUUUGUUUUCGACUCGGAGAGGUUCCCCGACCCAAAGGCCCAAAUCUCCCGUCUCAAGUCUUCCGGCCUGGCCAACAAGGUCUGCGUCUGGAUCAACCCUUACAUUGCCCAACACGGCGCGGCAUUCGAGACGGCCGCCAAAAAGGGCUACCUGCUCAAGCGCAAGAAUGGCGACAUCUGGCAAUGGGACCUCUGGCAAGGCGGCAUGGGUCUCGUCGACUUUACCAACCCAGAGGCCGCCAAGUGGUAUGUCGAGUGCCUCAAUGGUCUGUUUGACAAGGGCGUCGACGCCAUCAAGACUGACUUUGGCGAGCGCGUGCCCACCCUCGACGUCGAGUGGCACGACAAGACGGUCGACCCCCACAAGAUGCAUAAUUACUACGCCUUUAUAUACAACAAGACCGUCUACGAGGCGCUCCAGGCCCGCUUCGGCAAGAACGAGGCCGUCCUCUUUGCCCGGGCCGCGUGCGCCGGCACCCAGCGCUUCCCGCUCCAGUGGGGCGGCGACUGCGAGUCCACGCCCGAGGCCAUGGGCGAGUCGGUCCGGGGCGGACUGUCCCUGGGCCUUUCGGGGUUCGCCUUUUGGUCCGUCGACAUUGGGGGUUUCGAGGGCUACCCGCCGCCGUGGAUCUACAAGCGCUGGGUCGCGUUUGGCCUGCUGUGCUCGCACAGCCGCCUGCACGGCAGCAGCUCGUACCGCGUGCCCUGGACCAUUGACGGCGACGACGGCAGCGAACAGGGCUGCUCGCGCACCCUGGCGCGCUGGACCGCCCUCAAGACGCGCCUCAUGCCGUACCUCCUCGCGCAGGCCGCGCGCGCCGUGGACGCCGGCGUGCCCCUCUCCCUCCGCGCCGUCUGCCUCGAGUUUCCCGACGACCCGACCUCGUGGUUCCUGGACCGCCAGUUCAUGGUCGGCGACAACAUCUUGGCGGCGCCCAUCUUUGACGAGUCGGGUGAGGUCGAGUUCUAUCUGCCCAAGGGCAGGUGGACAUGCUUCUUCACCAACCAGACGCGCGAGGGACCGGGCUGGUUCCGGGAAAAGCACGGCUUUGGGACUCUGCCCCUGUACGUGCGGGAGAACUCGGUGCUCGUGCUCGGCAAGACGGGCGUCCGGGGCGCCGUCUACGACUACGCCGCCGACGUCGAGGUGGUGCUCUACCACGCGCAAGAGGGCGCCAGUGCUGAUCUCCACGACAAGGACGGCAAAGAGCUGGGUCUCUUGACCGUCACUGGAGGUGAGGACAAGCUGAGUGGAACUGAAAUCUUGACUGGAGACUGGAGCAUCAGCACAAAUGGUCGAAAGCUCGAGCAAGAGUACUCGGAGACGAUCCAAUGGCUUUAG